AUGAAUAUCUCAAUUCUGUUGCGGCAUUCUGGAAUUUGGGUAAGCGAUGUUAAUUAUGAAGGUUACAAAGUUGAUGGAAUUGUUGUUGGCCAUUUCAUGUCAUUUGUUAAUCUGAAAAUGUUGAUUUUAUCAGAGCCUGAGAUCGACACUGUUACAAAGGAUAUUGAAAUACGAUACAUUGUCGAGGGAAGCUCAUGUCUAUUGAAAAUCAAAAACGACAUGGCUGUGAAACUUUAUUUCGAAGUAAAAAAGAAUGCAUCUGAAAUUAGCAUGUAUCCGCUUUGUAUUGAUACAACUGAUAAAAUUGUUGGGGAGAUACGUAAUUUUGAUUGUUCAUCGGGUGAAGUUGUAUGCGUGGAAGUUGACGCUGCACAUCUUGGCGGGGCAUACAAGGGUAGUUUUGUAUCAGCAAGCACACUCGAUGGUGCAGGAUGCAUAUUGCCAUUGGAAUAUGGUGUUGUAGACACUGAAAAUGACUAUUCGUGGACAUGGUUCUUCGAACAUUUCAAAAAUGCAUUUGGUGAGCGUGAAAACAUGUGUAUUAUAUCGGAUAGAAAUGAAUGUAUCAUAAAGAGUGUAAGCAUUGUAUACCCAAAUGUACCUCAUUGUGCAUGCAUAUGGCAUCUUUGGAAGAAUGUAUGUUCAAGCUUCAAAAGGAGUAAAAAAACACUAAUUGAUAUGUUUUACUCAAUGGCAAAAGCAUACAGAAAGGAAGAUUUUGAUAAAUUAAUGGCUAAGGUUGUGAAAGUUGAUCAUAGGGUGAAGGAUUACCUUGAAGAAGCUGGUUAUGAGAAGUGGUCAAGAGUUCAUUCAACCAUAAACAGAGGUAGAAUGAUGACUUCGAACAUCACUGAGUGUAUCAAUGGAUGCCUUGUCGAUGCACGUAAGUUAACUAUAAUAGACUUCUUGGAGGAAGCUAGACUUCUAUUUGGUAGUUGGAACUAUAAAAAUAGAGAAAUAGCGUCAUAUACAAAGGACACAUUGGGUCGAAGAUUUGAGGAGAUAUUGAUUGUAAACGCAUCUAAAAGUUCAAAGAUGAAGGUUAUUCCAUCAUUUGAAUAUAUUUUCACAGUUCAUGAAGCCAGAAAAAGAUACAUUGUAUACCUUCAGAAGAAAACUUGCACAUGUGGAAGGUUUCAACAUGAUGAGAUACCUCGCACACAUGCAAUUGCAACUUUGAAGCACAAGAACGUUACCAAUUUGCACCCAUAUUUCUCUGAUUACUACAGGUCGUAUGCAUUAGAAAAAAGGUACGAGGUUGUAAUGGUUCCAAUGCCAGAUAAGGAGGAUUGGAACGUUCCAGAAUAUGUUUUAGAUGAAAUUGUAUGGCCACCUAGGUAUAGAAGGUUGGCUGGACGACCAAAAAAGCGAAGAAAGAAAAAUGCGGAUGAGAAAAUAACAGUGAACAAUAAUUGUUGUGGGCAGUGUGGACAAGAAGGACAUAACAGGAGAACUUGUACUUUCUUCCCGAAAGAGAAUUGA